CAACACCAGCAGGAGGAACAGCGCCGCCACCUGCAGCGAAAUCUUAUGCAGCAGCUGCAGCCACCAGAAGGCCUCCAUUGCGGGCCGGCGGGCCGUUUGGCUUUGAAGCAGUUUUUUGAACGUGCCUACGUGCUGUCUCGCGCGCCGCUUUCUGUUGAGUCAUGUGGGCCACGGGACCCUCGAGGGUCAGUGGCCAAGAGGCAGCAGCAGCAGCAGCAGCAGCAGCAGCAGCAGCUGGUGCCGCCGCUGGGGCGUCAGGGAAUGCCGAGCAACAGCAGCUUGGGCUCGGGAGCAGCAGCAGCAGGAGCAGCGCAGCAGGAAGGCAGCAGCGGGUGCGGCGGCGGCGAGGAGGGCGCUGCGGCGGGAGAUGCGCCCGCAGCAACAGCAGCAACAGCAGCAACAGCAGCAGCAGCAGCAGCGCGCGAGCCUCGCGCCCGCGUCCCCAGCCAUCAUCGCCUGCCGCCGCUGGCAGCAAACUCAAGGCCUUGCAGACCCUCGUGCUGCAGCAAUUGUGUCGCUGCUGCGGGCUUUGGGAUUUCCCCGAAAUCAAACUUAUAA